GUCUUGGAGACGGACGACGAGCACGACAUGGAAGACGACCAUGUCGCUGCGCGCUUGGCCCAGGAGACCGUCGAGACGCUCGCUGAAAUGGGCUGUCGCCUCGUCUGUAUCGACUUUGAUGCGACAUUCGUCAAGGUGCACACCAACGGCGAGUGGUCGCAGUCGGCCGCCGACCUUGCGCUCCACGUCCGGGCCUACUUUCGGUACCUCUGCCCGCUCUUGACCGAGAAGAGCCAACUCACCGUGGCGCUCGUGACCUUUUCGCCGCAGCGCGAGCUCAUUGAAGCGGUCUUGCAGCUGUGCUUUGACCCGUCUGUUGCCGACAAGAUCCUCCUUCGCUGCAACGACAGUUCGUGGACGAUCCACGCAUCGGACGCCGAGGCGUUUACCGGUAUCGAUGCGCAUCACCUGCGUCUCGACCGAAAGAGCAAAGUCUCGUACGUCGUCUCGGCGGGCCUCGCCGCUUGCAAGUCCCAGCAGGCAGAUCCUGCCAACUACUUUAUCCUGCACGAAGCCAUCAAGAGCUGCGACGUGCUUCUCAUCGACGACUGCCCCGACAACGUCACGAUCGCCUCCCAGUGUGGCAUUCCGGGCCUCCAUUUUGAACCCGCCUCGUUCCGGGCGCGGCUGCUGGCGCUGGACAAGCACGAGCCGUCGCGCCGUCGCCGACAAAAGCUCGCCAAAGCGCUAAGUCGGCGGCUGCAGCAACCCGUGACGCUGCAAAUCGUGUGUGCAUCGCCGACCAAGCCGACCAAGCCGAUGAGCCGACCGCGCAUGGGCUUUUGCACGCCGUCGCCCGUAACGAAGCUCAAGGUCACGUCGCGCGUCGGCCGGCCGCGCUCAAAACGCUGCACGAAGUUUCGCAUUUUGCCCGAGCGCGUGGCCAUCAAGGACGAAGGCGCGUCCGACACGAGCUUCUCGCUGCCGUCCGUCUUGACGUGGACCACAGCCGAUGCGGAAUGAUUUUACAGUUGCAGAAGUAUAGUAUAGAAGAACAAUGCGAUGCUACGUACUAGUCUAGUCCAACCAAGAAACCUUGCCGAC